UUUCAGGUGCGGGACGAGUUGGUGCUGAGGUCGAUGAAUCAGCAACCAGAAUCUGAGCAGACACCAUCAGACGAAGUUCAACUCCAUAAAGCUGGGCAGAGAAAGUAAUUAUAGCCAACAGGAUCUAACUGCCAUUACAAUGUAAAAUGUAGCCUUGGUGAGAUAAGGAAGGGGAUCCUAUUUCCUUGACAGUGUGGAUUUUAACAGGCAAGACCAGUCGACCAACUGCCAUCUCAGGAAAAAGGACAUAUUAUUGACACUGAAAGAAUUUGUGAUUCUACAGGGAGACAAACAUUUCAUCCUGAUGGAUAAUUCAAAUUUUAAGUGAAUCUCAUCAAAAUUCAAUCUUAAUCUGACAGAAAUAAUAUCAAAUUAAAGACAAGGUGUUGAAACAGUGACCCAAGCCCAAAAAUGUACACUUUUAAAGUGACAGGAAUUAUGUGGAAUCCAGAAACACAAAGACAGACUGUGACGGGAACAACAUGGAUUUAACACUUAAUCAAUUAAUUUUCAAAAGAUAUUUUCAUGCAAUAACAAAAUGACUUAGGCAGACUUUUUAUGAUAACAGAAAAUUAUCAAAUGGAUAUUUAGAAAUUUACUGAAAUUUAACUUAAACUUGUUUGAACUAGUACAUGACAUAUUAUGAUGAAUAUGUCCGGUAAUGCGUCUUGUGAUGAAUGGUGGUGCGACCAGCGGGAGACACUUGUUGUCCUGGAGGUGGUUGUUAUUCUGUUGUGUGCCAUCGGGAGCUUCGGGAAUCUCAUCACCGUUUUAGCGAUAUGCUCCAGUAGUCUCCGUAACAAUAUAAACUGUGUUCUCAUUGGGAGCCUUAGCUUCGCUGGAUUCCUGUACUGCCUCCUUAUUCUGUCUCUUCAGGCGGUAGUGUUCCACCUUCAGGAUCCACAUCUUAUUCCACCAGACUUCUGUAGCGCUGCAGGCGGUAUCCGCUACACGCUUGUUGGAGUGAUCAUGGUACAUCUCAGUGUUAUCGCCCUGUACAGGUACUUAAACAUUGUCCACCUAGGACAAUACAAGAAAGCCUCCAACACACGUCCUCUAAUUCUCACACUCAUAUUUAGCUGGGUGUUGCCCCUGAUGUUCACUGUUCCUCCAUCGUUUGGAAUUUGGGGGUCAUUUCGUUUCCAGCCUGCUGUUUUAGCGUGUACAUUUAAUAAUUUCAAUGUUGAUCAUUCCAACAGAAUUGUGACUGUCACACUGGGAUUUAUUGUACCAUGUAUCUUCAUAGUAUUCUGUUACGCAAGGAUUGGAUGUGUAGCAUACGGAAGUUCGAAACGAGUUGGCCAAUGGAAAGGCACGUCAGCUAUGACCAAGGCCCUUCGUCUCUCUGCCAUGAUGAUGUGUAUUUUUGCCAUAUUUUUCUUCGGAACGUUCCCAUACUUUAUAAUGAAUGUUUACGAUCGUAGUUUCUCCAAGCCUGUCCACCACCUGUGGACAACAAUGCUUGGUUGGUUGUCCUAUUGUCUUAACCCUGUAGUGUAUACCGUUAUGGACAACAAUUUUCGGACGGCGUAUCGUCGUCUGAUCAUGGGCGAUUGUGAGAAAAGUCCACUACACCGAGGACCGACUACUUCCUCUGGUACGCCUGUCUGAAUCCACAGGUGUCAUGUCAAUAUAGACAGGUAAUUUGAGGUGUGAUAUAGUAUAAUAAUACGGUAGUGAAUGAGAAAUAAAUACAGGUAACUGUUAUACAGGUGUGAUAUGAAUGGUUAAUUAAGAAUCUUGUAAUGAUGAACUUUUUGGUAGUACUUUUACAGGUGUAAGCAGUACAGUUAAGAAUGAAUUGAAUGAAGCCCUAAGGGAGCCAUUGGGUACAGAAAUGUGUUUUAUCUUAACAGAUUCAAAAGUUUUAUAUAAGUUUGCUUCACAAACAGGUAUGUCAGAAUAGAAAUGAGAUGUAGAGGUGUGCUUUACAGAGGUAUACAGACUAACGAGUUUGAGACAUAAACAGGUGUGAUAUAAGGAAGAGGAUGUUGUAUCUAUAGAGUGCAUGAUCAAUGAAUGAUUUUUGACAGGUUUAAAUUUUUACAUGUAUGUAUUUCAAAAAUGAAGGCAUUCAGAUAGAAUUGUGUAUAUCUCUCAAAAGAUUACUUCAGACAAAUAUUCCAUAUAUUGAUCCUUUUUCUUACAUUAAAAACUUUAGCUUAGAUAGAAAAUUUAGAUUUUUCAUCAAUUAACAUUUCCGUUUUUUCUUUAUUUGCAUGACAUUGAAUAUAGUCUGUAGUCUUGUAUCCCUGAUGACUGGUGUCAAAACAGAUUUAGGAUCUGUAACUCUCACUUUGCUCUAUAAAGAAAAAGUUGCUGUAAAAAAACUAUAGAAACAGCUGUUUUAAAUUUCUGGUAUUUAUUCUCAAAUGAAUAUUUUGUUUUUAGAAUGAUAAGAAAAAUGUUGAAUUUUGAAUUUGAUCUGUGAUGGAUGAGAAUUGCUCCGGUGACAAGGUUUUUUUCUAUCAAUUUUGACCCCUGUAUGAUAUGUGAUUGGGAAGUGAUGACAUUAAAUAUCUGAGACUCAGCACCAGGUAUGUUUGAACCAUAUACAUAUAUAUAUAACAACAUUACUCAACUGUAAUUCUAACUCGAAACAAUAAAACAAAGAAAGCACAAGGAGAAUAAGACCAGGAAUUCAACAAGGGUAAGCGUCCUCUAAUCAAUGACACCAUGCAUGCAUUUAAUUACUGUUGUAUUUCCCUUUACCCAGGAAUAUAAUGUAUAAACUUGAAUUCAAAAGAAGAACACUUAUAGCAGGACAAUAGUAUUUGUGUGGAUAUUUACUCUGAAGCAUUCAGAUAGACAUAAAAAGGCAUUAAUUGAUAUACCAGGUAUUUCCAGAUAUAUCAAAUUGAAUAUUUAUUUUGUUGUUACAACAUUAAAAGCACAUAUUUGGUUCAAUAUGAAGACACCGUUAUAUGUGCAACAUUUCUGAUUUAAGUGAAUAUCAAAAACACCUGGUUUAAUUAAUCCCAGAUUUCUGACAACAUAUGGUUUUAAUUUUAGAUAUAACCUUACAAUUCCCUCAUUCAUAAUUACAUUUCUAGGUCUGCUAAGUGAAAGUGUGAUCAGCUUUAGUGAGUUAUUAACAUAAAUUACCAACAAGUAAUUUAUGAAACAUAUCUGAAAAAAAUAUUUGUUUGUUGUAUACAAAUUUUCACUGGAAUUCCUACAGAUGUUAUACUACUUUUUAUUUCCCUUGUUUUGAAAAAUCAAACUGAUAAAAGUUUUGUGUUAAAUGUCAUUAAAGCUUACCAUACUUUGAAAACUGGUAUUUGUAAUCAUACAGUACAGUCUACUCCGACACCUUGUGUAACUCAUUAGCAUUAUAUUAAUCAUAUUGACCUGUCUAAUCCAACACCUGUAGAAAAUGAUAGUUUAUUAUAAUCAAGCAGGCAGGUGAUCUUGAUUAAUUUGAUAUAAAUAAGUAACCUAUAUCAGUAUACAUGUAUUAGUAAAAUGCAUUAAAACUUACUAUCAUGUAAAAUCAAUUUGUACCCAUCAGGUAUACCUAUAUUUACAGAAAUCCCAAAAAUGUGUCAAAAAAGUCUACAACAGUAAAAUAAUCAAAAAAAGCUAUAUGAAUUACAUACAAAUAUCUAAAAAUAAUACAUGGUCGUUAUAGUGUAUCUAGGUACCAAAGGUGACUGUUGUAUUUCGAAUUCUGUUAAGGGCCAAAACUAACUUGCAAGACAAUCAUAGAGCACUUGUUAGCAUUUUUACUGAACUGUAAUAGACAAUCAGGUAGACUUACUACAAUAGAUAUGUAUGUAUUACCUGACAAAAAGGUCCUAAUUUUAUCAAUUAUUGCCAAUAAUCACCUGAUAAAAAAAUUCUAAUUUUAUCAACUGGUAUUGCCCAAGAGUUUAACAUCUUAUUUUGGAUCUAUAUAACAAAUGAAGACACUUUUAUAACAAUUUAAUAUCUUGUAUUUAAGUUGUCUCCAGGCACAAGUGAAAUGAUAUCAAAACAGUUGAAUGGUUUUUCAUUAGACAACGUACAUCAAGUAUUUAAAUUGGGAAAGAAUUUCAGACAGCAUAAAAAUCUAUACCAAUCUGUUUAGUCAUUUUUCUGUCAUUUUUCUGGACAAAUUCAGUAUAAACCUUUUGUUUGAAGACAAUGAAUAGCCAUACAAAUUCAGUAUAAACCUUUUGUUUGAAGACAAUGAAUAGCCAUACAAAUUCAGUAUAAACCUUUUGUUUGAAGACAACUGAAUAGCCAUACAAAUUCAGCAUAAACCUUUUGUUUGAAGACAAUGAAUAGCCAUAUGUUAUAAUAUGUCAAAACAACGAUACAAUAACCUAGUGAAAAUAUUAUGAUAUUUGUAUAGCACAAUAAAUACUCAUUAUUCUCUGCCAGGAUUUUUUUUUUGUGGCAGAAAGGAUGGUGACACAAUUAUGUCAGACUCAGUUUAAUGUUUUCAUGCCUCAAGGUAUUUUGAUUAUUAUAAAUGUCCUACAUAUCCUGUUCCUCACUCUUCAGCCAAUUUGUCUUGUGUCGCUUGAUACCGGCUGCUGAUGAUUUGAAUGCCUAUACAGAUGUGUGACCAGCUACAGAAUCAGUACCAUAUUUAUCCUUAAACAAGCCCAGGUAACCAACACCUCAACUUAACCUUGGCAAUUGACUAAUAGCAGAACUGUGAAAAAGCAUUUGAUUUUUGUAAGCAUUUUCAGUAAUCUACCGUUAGACAUGGGUGGGCUUGCUCCUGGGCUUAUUGCUGGAUAAAUACGGUAAUAUAUCAGAGAGAGGCUUGUAAAUGUUGCUGCUAAUUAACUUCUUACUCAUUGUUUUGUUUUUGUCCAUGAAAUAAAGGCAAGUGAACAUA